AGGAGCACCAUGGAAGUGCUGCGUCCCACCCUGAUAAGGAUUGGGGGAAGAAUUUACAGGAAAAAUCUCAUUCAGGAGCAGGCCUACCAUGCUGAAGAGGAAGAGGAUUUCUAUGCAGGCCCUGGUGACUGUGCAGACGAACCGUGCGAUGCCUUUGAGGUGGAGGAGACUGAGAAAGGCUUUCGGUGCCGGGUGGAGGUUCCCAGCCUGCUUUACAAGUACAUCAUUGGGAAGAAGGGGGAGACCAAGAAGCGGCUAGAAACAGAGACUCGGACCUCCAUCAGCAUUCCCAGGCCUGGAGUGGAGGGAGAAAUCGUGAUCACGGGCGAGCAGCGCGGCGGGGUCGUCUCGGCCCGCACGCGCAUCGACGUCCUCCUCGAGAGCGUGCGGAAGAAGCAGCCCUUCACGCACUUCCUCUCCUUUGCCCUCAACCAGCCCAUCGUGCAGGAGAGGUUCCUGCAGUUCAAGGAGCAGGUGCUGGAGAAAUGCUCCAAGGAUCCCGGGGUGAGCAGCAGCCUGUUCCAGAACCCUGCGAAGCUGCACCUGACGCUGGGGACCUUGGUGCUCCUGAGCGAGCAGGAGAUCCGCAAGGCGUGCGAGCUCCUGCAGCGCUGCAAAGAGGACUUUGUGGACCAAAUUACCGGAGGCAGCCCCUUGACCGUGGAGGUGGCAGGGGUGGAGUACAUGAACGAUGACCCUGCCAUGACAGAUGUCCUCUAUGCAAAAGUCCACAUGAAGGACGGCUCGGACAGGCUGCAGGUGAUCGCGGAUAAGCUGGUGGAGCGCUUCGUGGCCUCCGGCCUGAUGCUGAAGGAGUGGGAUCGGGUGAAACUGCACGCUACUGUCAUGAACACUCUCUUCAGGAAAGACCCCAGUGCUGAAGAGCGGAGCAGUUCGGCAGCUGGUAAAUCACCUUGCAAGGAACGGGAGUCCUUUAAUGGCCGGAACAUCCUCAAGCUCUUUGAGAACUUCUCCUUCGGCGAGGUGCAGCUGGAUUCGGUCCGUCUUUCUCAGCGCUUCUCCUCGGACCCCUCAGGCUACUAUGCGACGUCCGGGCAGCUGACGUUUUCCUGAAGCGG